AUGCAACAAGUGAGGAAGACAAGAGAGUUCCGCAGGACACGUGGACCGAGCUUCACAGACAGUUCGUCCAACAGUCAUCAAAACCCCUCGAUGGAGCACUCUGCACCUCGUCAAGAAACUGAAGAGCUGAAAGAACUUAGGAAGCAGCUGGACGAGACAAGGGAAGAGUUGAAAAGACAGAAGUCCCUGAAAGAAAUGUUUAUCGACCAGGGAAAAGAGAUAAAGAUAGAACUGGAGAGGCUGAAAGCAUACUGUAAUUAUAACACUCUCAGCACUGCAAAUAUUGCCGCUCAGGUGAGGGCUCAGUUCACAGCUGAGCUCCAGGCAGAGAAGGAGAAGAACCAGUCUCUCCAAGCAAAACUGGACACAACCAACGCUAUGCACAAUGACUUCAACAGGAUGUUUCAAAAUGAAGCCAACAAGGCCAAGGAGUGGGCUGACACCCUUCAGCGUGAACUGGAGAAGGAAUUCCAGCAAAGGAUGAUCCUUCAAAAGUAUGAAGCUGAGGUCGCCGGUGUCAACCAGCAGGCUGGUAACCUUCAGCAUGAGCUAGAGGAGAACCAACAGAAGACAGUCCUGCAAAGAGAAUAUGAGGAGCUGAAAGCGGCACACAUCCACAGCCAGGAGACGUCCUCAGCUGAGCUCCAGGCAGAGAAGGAGAAGAACCAGUCUCUCCAAGCAAAACUGGACACAACCAACGCUAUGCACAAUGACCUCAACAGAAUGUUUCAAAAUGACGCCAACAAGGCCAAGGAGUGGGCUGACACCCUUCAGCAUGAACUGGAGAAGGAAUUCCAGCAAAGGAUGAUCCUUCAAAAACAGCAAGCUGACACCCUUCAGUGCCAGCUUGACAGAGAAAUUGAGGCACACACAGAAAGCCUUUCACAAAGUAGGAAAACAAUCAACCAGCUGAAGGCUGCCUUCUGUCAAAAGAUGGUGGAGGAGACCGACGACAUGUUGCAGACAGAGAGUCCUUAUGCGAGAGAGCUGGAGAAGCUGAAAGCUAAGCUCAAUGACCAGAUCUCACACAACCCAAACCCUUCCACUCUCGAGGCCGAGAGAACAGACGACCCGCCUCCAAGAAAUAUGGCCAAGCAGGAGGAGCAUGAGGAUGAACCCCACCCUGCACCUGCUGUGGACACACCAAAAGAAGAUGAAGUUCCUGAGGAGCUGCAGAACAAUCAACAGGCAUCCACCUCUGAUGCAUCAGACCUUGAACAUCAGUCUCCAACAGACCCGCCUCCAAGAACUAUGACCACGCAGGAGGAGAAUUGUGAGGAUGAGCCCUGCCAUUCACCUGCAGUGGACACACCGAAAGAAGCCGAAGUCCCUGAGGAGCCGCCGAACAAUCAACAGGCGCCCACCUCUGAUGCACCAGACCUUGAACACCAGGAGGAGGCUGAGAUCUCCGAGGAGACUCCCCAACCAAAGACACCUUCCUUCUGGAAAAGAACACGUCACCAUCUCGGCUUGAGGAAACCACAAAAGUGGAAAAAUAAGAACUAG